CAAAACCCAUUUGGGUUCACGGCAAAAUUAAGUUGCUGCUUGAAGGUGACAGCCUUUGGUAUAUGGCUUGUAGCAAUUGUUUGAAAACGGUUUACGCAGAUUAUGAUACUCGGUUUCCUUGCAUGCACUGUGGCAAGGAAGAUGCGGUUGGUACUCCAAGAUCCAAAGUGAAUGUUUCUAUCACCGAUUCUACUGCAACCAUUGAUGCCUCGGUUUUUGGACAAAGCGUUGAGAAACUUCUGCUGCUAACUAGCAAGCAAAUUAUGGAAGUUGAGCUAGAGGGAAAAAAGGCAUCAUUUCAAUAUGCAAAUAAACGCUUGGAUAAAGAAGACUAUAUAGUGCAGCUGCGAUCACAAACAAGCACCUAUCAAACCAAACCAGG